GCGACUUUUUAGUUCGAUUCCACCAACCGUGCUCUUCGGACGUGCGUUUAUCUUCCUCCUUAUCGCAAUUUGUCAACAAAGGCAAAGAAAGCAAAAACUUCCAUUCAGCACUCAAAUCGCAUCGUGUGCAGUGUUUUGCUUUUAUUUUAUCAAUCGAACCGCGCGCGCUCCCCCGUGCGUGUGUGUGUGUCUGUGUGAAGCCGAACUAAAUCGAACGAAAGACAAUCGCGCGCGCCUUCGCGGGAAGCAAGAAUUACAUAAGGAUUCCGAGUCGCGGUUGGCUCUCGGAGCAGGAGCCAGUUCAGUUCGCAGUUUCCUUUCGACCAACGCGGAGUGCAGUUUCGGUUUAAAGUCUCCUUUUGCUUUUGCUUGCUCUUCCGGAAGAAACACACACACACUCAGUCAUGGCUGAUAAGGUGAAGGUUUGCAUUGUUGGAUCCGGAAACUGGGGCUCGGCCAUUGCCAAAAUCGUCGGCGUGAACGCCAAGCGGCUGCCCACGUUCGAGGAUCGCGUCACGAUGUACGUGUUUGAGGAGCAGGUUGACGGCAAAAAGCUCACCGAGAUCAUCAACAGCACGCACGAGAACGUCAAGUACCUGCCUGGACACAAGCUGCCCGAGAAUAUCGUCGCCGUUCCGGACGUGGUCGAGGCCGCCAAGGAUGCCGACAUUCUGAUCUUCGUCGUGCCCCAUCAGUUCAUCCGCGGGCUGGGCCAGCAGCUGCUCGGCAAGAUCAAGAAGACGGCCGUCGGUCUGUCGCUGAUCAAGGGCUUCGAUGUGGCCGAGGGCGGUGGCAUGGAGUUGAUCUCGCACCUCAUCACGAAGCACUUGAACAUUCCGUGCAACGUUCUGAUGGGUGCCAACUUGGCCAAUGAGGUCGCCGAGGAGAAGUUCUGCGAGACGACGAUCGGCUGCCGGGACAUGAAGGUCGCGCAGACCUUCCGGGACCUGUUCCAGACGCCCAACUUCCGGGUUGUCGUGGUGGACGAUGUGGACGCGGUUGAGAUUUGCGGUGCGCUCAAGAACAUCGUGGCGUGCGGAGCUGGCUUCGUGGACGGCAUGGGUGGCGGUGACAACACGAAGGCCGCCGUCAUCCGGCUUGGUCUGAUGGAGAUGAUCAAGUUUGUGGACGUGUUCUACCCGGGCAGCAAACUGUCGACGUUCUUCGAGAGCUGCGGCGUGGCUGAUUUGAUCACCACCUGCUACGGUGGCCGCAACCGCAAGGUGUCGGAGGCGUUCGUCAAGACCGGCAAAUCCAUCAAGCAGCUGGAGGAUGAGAUGCUCAACGGGCAGAAGUUGCAGGGUCCGAUCACCGCCGAGGAGGUCAACUUUAUGCUGAAGAGCAAAUCGAUGGAGGACAAGUUCCCCCUGUUUACGGCGAUCCACAAGAUCUGCACCGGACAGAUCAAACCGGCGGGCUUCCUGGACUGCCUGCGCAACCACCCGGAGCACAUGACGCAACGGGCAAAGCUCUAAAAAAAUAUCAUGACUAAUAUCCCCCUCCACAAAAGAAAUUAAAAAAAAAAAGUAUCACACAUCCAACACCCCAAUUGUGUACACUCCCACUAAUAGUGUCAGAAUACUUCUUCCACCAAAAAAGGUUUGAAACACCGUGGGGAAGUAGUCGCGAAAUGAUCUCGAAAGAUUCGUUUUUUUAAACAAUAAUACUUUAGUUUAAAUUUUCUGCAAGAAUUAAAGACUGCGUUUAGUUUGCAUUUAUCAGUUACGAGGAAGCAAUCCGUUCCAUUUUUAACUUCCCCAUUAGUAGUAACGCAAACAUUAAAGUUCCAGGUUGCACUCAAGAUGCUUGAAGGCUGAAAGUAAAAACCAAAAUCGUAGGGGGAAAAUUGCAAUGCUAAAAAGACAAAUAAAUUCCGGAAAUCAUCCACUAAAUUAGA